CUUACGCCGUUUAUAUUGGUUGCAAUUUUAGUCUGGCUUUUCUACAUAAAAUGGAAACUAACAUAAAAUGAGCAUUCGGCUUAAAUGUGAAGUGUUUCAUAUCUGAAGUGGUGGAUUGUUUCUUACUGAUGGUAUCUGUAAGCGAUGCUCAAAUAUAAUAAAUGAAAACAUUCACUCCAAAUAGUUUUCCUGUGUAGAAAGAAAAUUUCCUCUAACAAUUAAAAUAUUUUAAAAUGUAGGAUGGAUAAUUUACAAGCGUCAAGGUGAAAAUAAAAGAAGUAGUUACUAUUUCCCGAACAUUUGACCUCGAGGUACUAACAUUAAAAAGUAUUUAGAUUGCAAAUCAAACUAUGGAUAGCCAGAAUCCAAAAGAUAAAACUUAUAAACCACCUAAUGAGAAAUCUGAGGAGAAUAUUACAGGCAACUCUAGUCAAGAUGAUAAGAAACUUUCUAAAAAUGAGCGGCAUGGACAAGAUUUAAAAAAAAAAUCUAAACCAACUCAAUUCUUUGACAUUUUAAACAAAUUUAACCGACUUGGUGCAAAAGAAGAAACUUUUCCAACAAAAGAGUCCAAUCGAAUGAAAAUUGAACCUCAAAAUACUUCAAAGAAGGUGAAAUCAUUUUCUGCUGUCUCUGAUGAAAGCUCAGAAGAAUCCACCAAAGAAAUCGCAAAUAGUUCAGAAAGAAAUAAAGAAUCAGAUGCAGACCAAAACGCUCCAAUUCUAAAAAGCACCGUAGAAAAACUACCAAAUGAAGUUGCUGAAAUUCCAAAUGCAGGUGCUACGUCUCAGUCUUCUAUUUAUACGACAAAUGAUUAUAGACAUCCGAACGCUAUAAAUUCGCCCAGCUCUGAUUCAAAUUCUAAACAAAAACCACCUCCAGCUGUACCUAAUAAACCGAAAGCCCGUGUCAAACCUAAUGUUCCUAACAAACCAAAUGUUAGUAACAUUAGUGAAUCAGUGAGCACUGAUGGUAAUGAACACAUAAGAAAAGUACAAGAUGGCAAUGGAUUUAUCUAUACGGGUCAACUUUUUUUAAAAAACACAAACCCUCCUUACAAAUUAAAUUUAGGCAAAUUGGGAGAUGAAUGCUUAUUGGUGUCAAACAAUGACAGAUUUAUUGCAAGAAUUGAAAUAAUAGCAGACAUAGAGCUGAGUCGCGAAUCUUUCGAAAACAAUAAACGAAUGUUGCUGAACAAUAUUUUUAUUACUGAGGUCUUAAAAGACGAGUUAAUGCUUAAAAAAUAUAAGGUCUAUAGCAGUUUCCUACAAAUAUUAGAAAAAAGGAGUGCAACAAUAUCGAAUAGUGUUGAAUGCGCUGAGGAUUUUCUACAACUGUUCUUAAUAACGAAAUCUUACAGAUUGGCUUUGAGUAAACCUUUAAUGUUUUUAAAGGAAAUACUUAAAAACGAAUAUAUUUCACCUGCGAUAAAGAAUUGCGCAAAGUAUUUCGAGAAAGUAGAAAAUAAACUGUACUUUCGAAAUGAAUAUUUCCCAAAGUUUAGUAGUGAUUCAAACCCACUCACAAGGAAUUUGUUUGACACCGUACGCACUAUCUGUGACCUCGGAAUUAGUAAUCACAAACAGAAUUUAAUUAAAUGCUGCCCUACAAAGAAUUCAUAUCUCCUCUGUCACAUUCUUUCUGUAGCUGACCUACCAAAUGACAAAAUACUGUUCAUAAACCGAAAAGACAUUGAGUUAUUUUCAAAUGCAGUUACCGUCGCCCACGAAGAGAGCAGUUUCUCCAAUAGAAUUAUUCCGCUGGAUUUUAUAAAAUAUUUGUGGGAAAAAUUUUAUUCCAAAGUCCAAUUGCUGAAUCACAAAUCAGUGAAAGAAGUUGUACCUUUGACCCAUCCCGUUUACUCCUUCCUUCUGAAGAACUUCCGAGAUAUUAUCACUGAAAUAGCUGCUAAAGCAGACAUACAACCACAGAAGCUUCUAAAAGAAGAAAAAGGACAUUUCAAAAUAAAAAGCUCCAUUCCAUGGACUUCGAAGUCUGCCGUCAACAGUUCCCUUGAAAACCAAUAUAAGUUAUAUUUCAAACUUUUGGAUCACUUUGAACCUGGCUCCUAUUCAAAUAAGAGAAGAUUCAAAUAUUCGUUCAUGAUGUUGGAAGGGGAUAAUAGCCUCUUGCAAUCUAUAAAAGACUUUCUCUACGGGAGAGAUGGAAGUUUUCAAACUAUACCAGAGGAUCGCCUUGUAUGGCUAUAUAUUGUAGACUGUGGUACUGCUCCUCUAUUGUGUGGUGAAUCUAGCAAUAAAUUUAAGGAACUGUCAUUAUAUGUCCUCAAAGGCUUUAUAAAGUUCAUUAAAGAAGCAAAAGAAGAUCGUUAUGAAUCGUUUCGCAUCGCUACUCUUAAUAUAAUAAAAUUCAUUAUGCAGUUAUCGCCAUAUUUUAAUGACGUCAGUUCAAUUCUGACUGAUAUCGAUCAUAAUAUACUAGACAAGCAGAUGGACUUUAUUAACAACAUUCUGAAUUCCGACGAAAAAACUGAUUUAUCUGAUUAUUUUUCCAGUUUAAUGGAUAUAUAUAACGAAUAUUGGCAAUUACGGGAAAAUAUUUUGGAAAAUCUGCCGAUUCCUUGCAGUAUAUUUAAAGAUGAUAUGGAAGCAAUUCUAAAGAAGAUAUUAAAACUUGUUGAAAUCGGUUUGACUAAGUGCUCUGAGACGAAAUUAGUCAUCAGGUUUUUUAGAUUCUAUAAUGAGUUCUUAAAACAUAUUAGAGGUAUUGAUUUUUCAUGGCUAAUAUCAAAUGCUUGUUAUGCUGAAUAUUUAAGUAAAGUUGUUGUAAGUGUAGUUAAAAACCACAUCACAUCAUAUAUUGUAAAGGAUCCUGAAAACUUCGUUCAAAUUCUGAAAAAGAAAAGCAUAGUAGUUCCUCAACAUUUUCUAAUCGAAACAGUUAAGGAACUGUUAAACAUCAUGCACGUGAUCUUCGUAAAACAACAUUGGAGUGACGAAGAUUGCUUGAAUGCAAUCGGGGAUCUAUUUCUUGCUAUCGGACAUUCUUUUACCCACUUCGAAGAUCAAGCAGAUUACACUGAUUUGGAACAUUUUCGGCGAGAUUGCACCUGGCCUUUUCACAGCGUGGUAAUGUACAGCGAUAGCUAUGAGGAGUUUAAGAAACGGUUAGAUAAUGUCGAAAACUUUUUCCUCUAUGCUCGAAAGCAAAACCAAAUUGGAAUUAAACGUGCUCUAGAAUUAUGUGAAUUGGAAGUUAUGGAGGCUAAAGAAAAAGGUUUUAACACUAGCAUCAACAGAAGUAUUUUAGAAAGUUGUUUUAAUCUAUAUUCUGAAAAACUUGGAUCUUUAGAACAAUUAGAUAUACCGGGUAUUCUUGGUGAAAUAGAAAAAGAUAUUGAGGAACAGGAAUGUUUGCCUUUAGAACAGUGGACGCCAUCUUUCAAGCAGACUGUUGUACCAAUCUUACUCGCUGAAGUAGCAGCUGUUUGGAUCAUUAUAGAAUCUAAGGAUGUUUUAAAUAUCAAGAAGAAAAUCGAGCCACAUUGCGUUCAAAUUCUGUGCAUUCUUAGACUUUUAGGCGUGGAUAAUCUGGAAAAAGGUGUACCAAAACAUUUCGCACAAGUCUUGACUGGCCAAGGCAAAUCAGUUAUUUUCGGUCUUCUCGGUGCUGUAAUUGCAUUGACUGGCAACAAAGCUAAUGUGGUGUGUUACAGCAGAUAUUUGGCACUGCGUGAUAAAAUGGCAUUCGACAAUUUUUUUGAGUUAUUCUCAAGAUUUCAAAUAAAGAAUGAGAUAAAUUACCAGACAUUUGAUAACAUAGUUUUUGAUUCUUUAAAACUUAUAGUUGAUAACACCGAAGAAAGUAUGAAUUCUGUCAUGACUGAUUUAAUUCUAAAUAAAUUACAUCCGCAAAGCAUCAGGGUGUCUGAAAGCCAUUCGACUCCCGUUCUUUUGAUUGACGAAGUUGAUGUUUUCUUUUCGGAUAAUUUUUAUGGUAUGACUUAUAACCCAUGUGUCAAUAUAGGUAUGCCAGCAUUACGAGAAAUUCAACCCAAAUUGUGGGAAAUAGUUGAAGGAGGUUUAUACGAAAAGAGCAUCGUGAAGGAAAAAGUAAGAGAUUUUAUUACUGAAAUACUGAAAGAUGAAAAGUACGCCGAAUUCAAAACAUUCAUAGCGAAUACCAAUUCUUUAUUUGAGCAACAUUUAGAAAUUAUGGUUUCAAAUGCUAUUAGUGUAUCGAAGCAAAAAAAUGAGAGUGUUUGGUUUAUUGAACGAUACAAAAUAGAUUUUUACGGACUGAUUUGCUGCAGGAACAGCCUCGGUAUAUAUAGCUCGACUACUUAUAACAAUUAUUAUAACAUAUUCAAUUACUUUAGGUUGAAAAAAGAAAAUUUUGACGAUAAAUAUUACAUAAACUAUGGUUAUUUGAAGUUAGGUUAUGGUUCACUAUCUUACGCAAACUUACCGUUGAGGUACAAUUCUAUUUUAGGAGUGAGCGGUACCUUAAUGACUUUGGACGAAUCAGAGAAAACUGCUAUGAAAAACUAUGGCAUAAAAACUAUGUCAGCGAUGCCAUCGUUUUUCGGAGAACGCAAGCUCGUCUUCAAAUCAACUGAGCAUUUCAUCGUACAAGAUUCAGAAAGCAAUUGGCAUUCGAAAAUAUUCGACCAUCUCUUGGAAAACAUUAAGCAUAAUCGCGCUGUUCUCGUCUUUUUUGAUACUGAUAUUGAAGUAAAAGCAUUUGAAGAAAAAUAUCGUGGUAAUAUCAAUCGCUUGUAUGUUUUGAUUGGGAAUGAAGAAUCGUCCGCUAUGGAAUGGCGAAUCAAUGAAGCUGGCGUUUCUCAAACAGUGACUUUGGCCACUAGAGCUAUGGGUCGAGGAAUUGAUUACAAAUCGAACGACCGCAGCGUGGAAGAGAACGGAGGUGUGCACGUUAUUCAAACAUUCUUUUCUUUGGAUGAAAAAGAAGAAACACAAAUCAAAGGAAGGACUGCUCGAAAAGACAACAAGGGCAGUUAUGAGCUGGUGUUGUGUAGAGAACACUUGAGAGAAAUCGGUUGCUCUCAAACAUCGAGUGGUGAUCCCAUAAACACUUAUGAAGAAAUCUGCAUUGCCAGAAAUGAAAAAGCUAAGACGAGAGAAGAAAAAGUUGCUGCUAACAUUAAGAAUUCGGAGGAAAAGCAUAAUUUAACAUUGAAAUUCUUUGAAUCACUCGUUCACUAUACUCCUGAAAAACGUUUAGAAGUUUUGUCUCAGUAUCCAUUUAUAGAUGAUAAGUAACACUUAUAAACAAUAGUUGUUUUCGAGUGCAUCAGUGCUUGAUAUGUAACUUGAAUAAAUGCGUGUAUCCGAUAGAAAAUAUUCACAAUAUCUCAUUAGCAGAAGUUCAUACUUUAAUAUCUGAUAGAACAGGAUUUGAAUUUAAAGUCACAUUAUAGUUGGUCACGGUUUUGUGCUGCCUUAACCUCGAUAUCCUCCUGGCCUAUUGCGGGAUGUUGCUACAGUGACUUUUCGUUUACUGGAACUUUAAUAUUUGAACUUUGGUGACGGCCUAAGGGACUAUAGGUCUGCGUAAAAUACAGUACAGAAAAUGAUUUUGAAACUUUAAACAAAUGCUUUAUUUAAGAAAACAAAAAUAGAAAUCAUAAAUUAAAAUUUAUUUCAAGAUUUCUUAUCUUUACACAAUAUUAUACAGAUAAAUCAGUUGUAAAUGCUAUCAUCUUUAGCAUUAAUAAUCAUUUGAGGCCGUAUUCACACAGAUUGAACGAAAGAAUUAGGAGCGUCGAUAGUUUCCUCAGUUCCAUAUUUUUAUCGAAUCUUCCUUUGAUUCUUUAACUGUUUUCUAUUCUGCUUUUUUAGUUAAUUUUUCCUUAUUCCCCACAAACAUUCUGAGGGAUUGAAACUAGGGGAUGAAGCAAGCUGCUUUAAAAUAUUUAUUCCACUAUCAGGGUAAAGAAUUUCUAUUGAGGGAAGGAACUUUUGCUAAUUGUUCAGAAUUCCAAUGAUAAUUUUUUUUGUGUUAAGCACGAUAUUCUACGUUUAACAGUUGUUGAGAAAAAGAAUGUUCUAGAUCUUAGUCUUCUGUUAUAUUUUUAGACGGUUUUUACAUACGAAAAAUUACGUUAUUAUUACAAAAAUACUAUUUACGUUUAAUGUCAUGCGUUCUAAGACAAAAAAACAUUUUUUUAUUAUGCUCUCUUUUAUCCUUAAAAUUUGUGCUCUGAUUAAUGAAACAAUCUGUUGAGCAAUUGAUUUGUUAUCUAUUUCUGUUUUAUAUAUACAUUCAUAGUUAUUAGGUUCAAAAAUUUCAUCACUAUAGUUGGCAACAGUUUGGAUUUUUAUAAGUUAAGAGGUGAAUCCUAAUAAUACUUUAAAUUUAUUUUUAA